AUGCCCGCCAACCAAGUCGUCCAAGGCUUCAGUCUCACCAACCGAUGGCUCCUCUACGCCAGUAUGAUGCUCGCUCCCGCCCAGUUCGCCGGUGGAGUGGGGAACAAUGUCCCCACGAACGUGGGCUUCCUCGCCUACAACUGGUACACGCAAAUCCAAUGGUACCAGGCUGUCAAGGCGAGAAAGCUCCAUGCGCUCUCCCUCCUCCCAGUCCACUUUAACUUGAUCUACGCGAUCAGUUACCUAGGCGGCAUUUCGUCGGGCAAUCUCUUCCUGAGCGUCCUCCUCGCCGUCGGCACGAUCGGGGUGCUCAUUCUCAAUACUGUCUGUGCGUGGGUAAGCUGGGCUACGAACCAGCCAGAAGGAUUCGGCGACUAUCAAUUUUUCUUCUUCGGGUGGAGGACCUUGAGUUACGGCUGGCAUAUUUUCACUCUGCUCUGGCAGAUUGGAGACUCGAUUGUAGUGUUAAACACGAUUAUUGUGGCCGGGUACUUGGUUCUCGUUGGGGGUGUAGACGCCGAGCGUGCCCGUAGGAUUCCGUGGUACUGUCGCAGGUACCCUGCUAUCCCGUUGGGGACAAUUGCGAUGCUGAUAUUUGCAUGGCCGUUGAUCCUCUGGGUGGAGCUGAUUGUCCAGCGAAAUCAGAUAGUCUCGGAGACGGACAUGGUUGCUGUCUGGCUUUUUGUGGCGCAGGUUGGCACAUUGUUGAUACCGAGCUGGUCCAGCAUGUGUCGGCUUAUACGUGGCUCAGAGGAUUCCUCAUUGUGA